GAAUGUGCCCAACCAAGCUGCGGUAUAGCCCACAUAAAACAUAGCUACAGUACAUACAUACAUACAUACAUACCAGGCGGAAUAUAGAAAAGGCAAGAAUAAUCGAAAUAGGAUAUCUUCCCGGAUAUACGGCUGGAUUCAAUAAACAUAUGGACCAAAGCUAAGAGUUGCAUUCGCGGAUCGUUUGUAACAGUGCCGAUUUUAUGAGAUUCUAGCUAGCUAACAGGAGCUAGAAUGAGGAUGUCUGAGACGGGGAGAUAAAGACUUCACCAGAGCAGAGUGUGUGCUAGAGCCAGGGGCUGGGGCCUGACCAGUGACCCCCAGAGGCCCCCAACUGGGCGGGGAGGUCCAUGGGGACCAUGGGGGACCUGGGAGGCUUCACCACCACAGGGGAGAGGGUGAACCCGGCCCACAUUCUGUUUGACCGCUUCGUCCAGGCAUCCACUUGCAAGGUCACGCUCAAGGCCUUCCAGGAGCUCUGUGACCAUCUGGAGCUCAAGCCCUGUGAGUACCGGGUCUUCUACCACAAGCUUAAGUCCCGUCUCAACUACUGGAAGGCCAAGGCACUCUGGGCUAAGCUUGACAAGCGGGCCGGCCAGAAGGAGUACAAGAAAGGACGUGCAUGUACCAACUCUAAGUGUUUGAUCAUCGGGGCAGGACCAUGUGGCCUGCGGACGGCCAUCGAGCUGGGCUUCCUGGGCGCCAAGGUGGUGCUGCUGGAGAAGAGGGAUGCCUUCUCCAGGAACAACGUGCUGCACCUGUGGCCCUUCACCAUCCAGGACCUCCGAGGCCUCGGUGCCAAAAAGUUCUACGGAAAGUUCUGCGCCGGAGCCAUCGACCAUAUCAGUAUCCGGCAGCUCCAGCUGAUGCUGCUGAAGGUGGCCCUGCUCCUGGGCAUCGAGAUCCACGUCAACGCGGAGUUCAAGGGUCUCAUCGAGCCCCCCGAGGACCAGGAGAACGAGAGGAUAGGGUGGAGGGCUGAGGUCCUCCCCAGGACACACCCAGUCAACGAGUUGGAGUUUGAUGUCAUCAUUGGGGCAGAUGGGAGGAGAAACACGCUGGCAGGGUUCAGGAGGAAGGAGUUCCGGGGCAAGCUGGCCAUCGCCAUUACAGCCAACUUCAUCAACAGGAACACCACGGCCGAGGCAAAGGUGGAGGAGAUCAGCGGAGUGGCCUUCAUCUUCAAUCAGAAGUUUUUCCAGGACCUCCGGGAAGCCACGGGAAUUGACCUGGAAAACAUUGUCUACUACAAAGAUGACACGCACUACUUUGUGAUGACUGCCAAGAAACAGAGCCUGCUGGAGAAGGGAGUCAUUCUGCAUGAUUAUGCGGACACAGAGAUGCUGCUGUCCAGGGCUAACGUGGACCAGGCAGCUCUGCUAUCUUACGCCCGCGAGGCCGCAGACUUCUCCACCAACCACCAGCUGCCCACGCUGGACUUUGCCAUCAACCACUACGGCCAGCCCGACGUGGCCAUGUUCGACUUCACCUGCAUGUACGCCUCCGAGAACGCGGCGCUGGUACGCCAACGCAACGGGCGCCAGCUACUGGUGUCUCUGGUGGGGGACAGUCUACUGGAGCCCUUCUGGCCCAUGGGCACUGGUAUAGCCCGGGGUUUCCUGGCAGCCAUGGACUCAGGCUGGAUGGUGAAGAGCUGGGCCCAGGGAAACACAUCUCUGGACGUGUUGGCUGAGAGGGAGAGCAUAUAUCGCUUGCUGCCUCAGACAACGCCAGAGAACAUCAAUAAGAAUUUCAGUCACUACAGUGUGGACCCCACCACGCGCUACCCUAAUAUUAGCCUCCACUUCCUCAGGCCCAACCAGGUACGACACCUCAUAGACACAGGGGAUUCAAGUAGGGAAAUGCUUAUCGAAAUGGAGAAUGUAGUCAACUCGUCAACACCCAAGCUCACCCGAAAUGAAUCCAUAGCUCGCUCUAGCAAGCUGCUAAACUGGUGUCAGAGGCAGACGGAGGGCUACAGAAAAGUCAGUGUGACUGAUCUCACCAUGUCCUGGAAGAGUGGCAUGGCCCUGUGUGCCCUCAUCCACCGCUACAGGCCUGACCUCAUUGACUUUGACUCCCUGGAUGAGCGGGACCAGCAGAAGAACAAUCAGCUGGGCUUUGACGUGGCCGAGAGGGAGUUUGGCAUCUCACCUUGCAUGACGGGCAAGGAGAUGUCCCAGGUGGCGGAGCCUGACAAGCUCUCCAUGGUCAUGUACCUCAGCCAGUUCUACGAGAUGUUCAAGGACACAGUGCCCCCUGGGGCCGGAGGGGACCAGAACAUGAGCCCCGAGGAGAAGGCUGCGUUGAUCAACAGUACAAAGUCCCCCAUCUCCUUCCUCAGCAAGCUGGGCCAGAGCAUCGCUAUCUCACGGAAGCGUAACCCCAAGGACAAAAAGGAGAAGGAGGUGGAUGGUUUGGGGAAGAGGAGGAAGACCAGCCAGGCUGACCACUCUGAAGACGAAGAGGUUUUGAGGGGUAACCGUGACGACAGGCCAUCUAACAGUACUGCUCUGACAGAACGGAAGAUGAAGGAAGAGUCAGCAUCUCUAGGGAACCACAACAAAGUCAAGUCCAUGGCCACCCAGCUCCUCGCCAAGUUUGAGGAGAACGCCCCCGCCGAAUCCAAGGGCCUCAAAAGACAGAGUUCCCUGAGGAAGGAGUUCCCCCAGAACAUCGGGGGCAGUGACGUGUGUUUCUUCUGCCGGAAGCGUGUGUACGUGAUGGAACGGCUGAGUGCCGAGGGCAAGUUCUUCCACCGCAGCUGCUUCAAGUGUGACUACUGCGGCACCACGCUACGCCUUUCGUCCUACGCCUUCGAUGUGGAGGACGGGAAGUUUUACUGCAAGCCCCACUACUGUUACCGCUCGUCUGGUCAGGCUCAGAGGAAGAGGCCGGCACCGACCCCUGCUCUGCUCAAUGCUAAGGACAACCAGGCGUCCUUGCCCGCGGCGGUCACUGUGGACUCCCCCGGGAGGGGGGCGAUGGCAUCCCCUUCCCCCACCGAGCGCCGGUCCUCAGUCCCGGAGGUGAACGGGCUGCAGGAGCCCAGCCUGGCUAAGCGUCUGCGGGGCACGCCGGAGCGCAUCGAGCUGGAGAACUACCGGCUGUCUCUGCAGCGGGAGGACGACCUAGAGGAGGUGCCAGAGGAGACGCUGGCCGAACACAACCUAAGCAGUGUGUUGGACAAGGACGCGCACGCAGACCUGGGCUCCAGCAGCUCUGAGUCUGACAUGGAGGAGGAGGACCAGGAUGAAGAGGAGCAACAUGAGGAGGAGCAGCAGGAGCCCCCCAGCCCCUCAGACCUGGGAGGAGUACCCUGGAAGGAGGCUGUGGAGCUCCAUGCCAAGCUGAAGACUGACAGCGACCCAGGGGCCGAGGGAGAGGACAGUGAGGGAGAGGACGGUGAGGGAGAGGACGGUGAGGGAGAGGACGGUGAGGGAGAGGACGAGACACAUGGUCACAUCGCUAGGGAUCUAGAAGUGGAGGAGGAGGAAGAUGACGAAGAAGAGGAGGACGAUGAGGCGGAAUCGACUGAUGCCAGAAACCUGCAGAUCCAGCAGGUGCUGCAGCCUGUGGAUCCGACGGGCCUUAAGAAUCUCAGACGAGUCUCCGCACUGUCAGAGGGGGACAAGGAGGAGCCUCCUGCCUUGGCCUCCCAGCCAUCCACCACGCUCACCCAGUCCCCCUCCACAGAGCCCUAUGAGGAUGAUGACCCGGAAGCAGAAGUGGGCAGCCAUGAUUUUGAGCCAGGCACCGAGAUGGACCAGGAGGACAUUCCCUCUGACGCGGAGGCGGAGGCUCGUCUGCACCAGUCAGAGCUCAGUGAUGCGCUUCCUGAAGAGGACAAGAAGUCGCAGGGUCAGGGGAUCACCUAUAGCAUUGAACAACCUAGUGUCAGUCCGGUGAAGUUAGUUGCGGAAGUUGUGCUCUCGCCAGUCAAACCACCGACUCCACAGCCGCCUGAUUUACAGAUGUUUCACACGUCUCCUUCCUACCUGGUCAAAUCACCCGGAAUGCGCUUUUUCCCAGAUCCCUUGGCAUCGGAGAACGUCACAAUACCACAGAGGACAGUUCAGACUCCCAAUGCCAAGAGCCCCCAAUACGCUACCCAUGCCCUGUCACCCAUUCACUCCCCUGUUAAAUCCCCUAUUCGCUCCCAGCCUAUCCCACUGCCUGAGACGGUCACCCAAAAAUCCCCUGUCAACUCUCCACCCUGCUCCUGCCCCCCGACAGGGAACCCGCUGUCUCCCAUCUGUGCCCAGCCGCUGCCCUGCCACGAGCCCUCCUCACCCCUCAUCUCGGACUCUCCUGUCAGAACUCAGCCUGUCCCUGCCAUCACCUCCACUCCGCUAGCCAAACCAGCCUCCUCUGACAGGACUACCCACGAGCCUCAAAAAUCUCUGGACCUCACAGACGAAACCCCGGUGAAGAAGACGGACAUCAUCGAGGAGUUCUGGCUGAAGAGUGCCGAGAUCAGGAAGAGCCUGGGUCUCACCCCACUGGACCGUAGCAGCAGCAGCAAAGCCCCAGAGAAGUGUCAUGUUACUGUGGGUAAGGUGCCCACGCCGGACUCCCCCUCGACCAAGUCCUAUACCCCAGAGGAUCUCUCAGAGGAGCUUAGGCCUUCCCCUUCUCCCUUCACCGGUCGCUCGGUCAUUCGCAGGCUGAACAUUACGGUGGAGGGCCAGGUCAUCUCCCCUGCGGAGCCCAAGAGCAUUGGCACAGAACGGAGGGACCUCAGCAGCAGCUCCGGCCUAGGCCUCAACGGCAGCAUGGCCACCAACCAGACCAGCCAGGCGGCCAGUGACAGCUACCACACUUCCGACUCCACCAUGCUCACCCCACCAUAGCCCCCGCCGCCCCCGCCCAACGAGGAGCCAGCUACUCUCAAGCAGCAGCAGAAGCACCAGGUGUCCUGGGACAAUGGGAUCAAUGGCCCCACUACACCUGAGCCAGCCAAGAAGCCAGCCAAGGCGGCACCCACCAAGACCAACAGCCCUGUGCCUGCACCAAGGACCCAACUCAGCCCUGUGUCUAUGCCAGUAUCUGCGCCCAAGCCUACCCCCAGGACUACACCGGUCACCUCGCCAGUCACCUCACCGGUCACAGCUCCGGUCACAGCUCCGGUCACUCCGUUGGUGGUCAUGAGACGGGAGAAGAGCAGCAAACCACGUCGGGAGGAGGUGAGGAAGUCAUUCGUGGAGUGUGUGGCGGAGAUCCCGUUUGCGGACGAUGUGGAGGAUACGUACGACGAGCGGACGCCGGACACAACCAUGGACAGGUUCUACACUCCGCCCAGCAGCAAGCCCAACAGGGAGAGGGAGAAGCGUCCCCUGCACCUGGCCCUGGCCAUGGAAAACGGAAAGCCCAUUUUCCCUGUGAACCAGCAGGCCUCGAAGAGCCAGAAGGCCCAGCAGUUCUCCCCUGAGGCCAAGGAAAUAGCAGAGGAACGGAUGAGAGCCAGAGAGAAGUCCAUCAAGAGCCAAGCUCUGAAGGAAGCCAUGGCUAAGCAGCUCAACAGGAUGAAAGAGACGGACACUGCCAAGGUCGCCGCCGCCACGGCUAAAGUGGUGUGGAACGUGGCCUCAUCAGAGACUUCUGGGAAAAGUACUAAGAAAUCAUCCGGUUCUCCAAAGACGUAUGCAGUGAAAUCUCUUGAGUCGAAGAAGGCUGAGACUCUAUCAGAGCGUUUCUUUAGCAGUCAGGGUAACAAGAGUCUGGACAGCUCGACCGUCUCCUCCGACGGCUCCGCCUCGGGGGGCAAGAGCAAGAAGCGCGGCUCGCUUUUCUCACCUCGCAAGAACAAGAAGGAGAAGAAAGCCAAGAAUGAAAGCCAGCUCUCGGUCAAGCACAGCACAGACGAGACGCCGUCGCCGCCCAAACACAAGUCCCUGUGGAAGGCUGUGUUCUCUGGGUACAAGAAAGACAAGAAGAAGAAUAAGGACGACAAGUCAUGUUCCAGCACGCCGUCCAGCUCCAACACCAACGACUCCGGGAAGAAGCGAUUGUCGCCUCUCGGCAGGUCGUCAGAUUUGAAGUCGCGCAGAAACCUGAGCUUCUCUGAGGACUCGGAUCUGUCAUGUGAUGAUGUGCUGGAGAGGUCUUCUCAGAAGUCUAGGACAGACCGGCAUACGGACAUCUUUGACCUAGUGUCAGGCAUACAGAAGGAAACGACAAAGGAGGAAAAAGCGGGGGAGAGAAAAAGGCAAAAAAUAAGGGAGAGGGGAAAAGAAAGAGGUCGCGACCUUGAUCGAAUCAUAGAAAAAGAGGAAGAAGAGUCUGUUUAUGUCCCUCACGCAUUGGCGUUCAAGAGAGCGUACGCCACCAAGAAAACCUACACAGAGGAGGAGCUCAAUGCCAAGCUGACACGUAGGGUACAGAAAGCUGCCCGGCGACAGGCCAAGCAGGAGGAGCUGAAGAGACUGCACAGAGCCCAGACCAUCCAGAGGCAGCUGGAGCAGGUGGAGGAGAAACAGAGACAGCUGGAGGAGAGGGGUGUGGCCGUGGAGAAAGCCCUGCGAGGGGAAGCAGGAUUGUAUAAAGGGACUUAUUGUACUAUACCAAAACAACACAAAAGACGAUCAGACUAUUGGGGAGAGUCUAAUUACAGUGAAAUCCUGGACUUGCAUCUGGGCGUUGAGCCUUUUGUCGGGACCCCUCGCCGAAGACCUAUCUCCUUCUGCCCCUGCUGUUCCCCUGAAGGGAUGGGGAAAAAGGACGACCCCAAGCUCAUGCAGGAGUGGUUCAAACUGGUCCAGGAGAAAAACGCCCUGGUGCGAUACGAAUCUGAGCUGAUGAUAUUUGCACGAGAACUGGAGCUGGAGGAUCGUCAGAGUCGACUGCAGCAGGACCUGAGGGAACGCAUGGCAAUUGAAGACCACCUGAAGACGGAGGUGGAGCUGGCGCAGGAGAAACACAUCCUGAAUGAGAUGCUGGAGGUGGUGGAGCAGAGAGACUCCCUGGUAGCCCUCCUGGAGGAGCAGAGGCUCAGGGAGAAGGAGGAGGAUAAGGACCUGGAGUCUGUCAUGCUCUCGAAGGGUUUCAACCUCAACUGGGCCUGACACUAGACGCACCAUCCACCCCCACUCAGAUAAUACACUACCCCUCCCCUGUUUCAGGGCUCAGUGAAGACCUAAAUCACGGUUCCAUGCGUACAGAAUGGAGUUGUCCUUUCACGGCCCUUCUGUUGGCGAAUGUGCGCAGAGUUGUCCUAUCAUGGCUCCGCUGUUGGAGCAGUCUAAAAUGUUUACAUAUCUACUCUGCCACCAGGCAGGCAUCAUUACCUAGUGAUAUCUCACCUCACGGUGGGAGGAGCAACUACAGCCUGGACUUUCUCAAAACCUCAGAAGGUCUUUCGACGUGAUUCUCCAGAACGGGGAAUUUACCUCCUCUAGGAAGAAUGUUUUUAUUUUUUAUUUCUUUUAAUCUCGAUCACACAAAGGGAAGAAAGAGGUUUGGACCUGCUGAUGUAAAGGAAUUCAAUAUAUGAUACCGGUUUCUGUGUAUUGAAUGUGCAUAACACAACACAUUAAAGAAGCUGUGGUUUUAGAUGAGGGUAGGCCCUUUAUCUAUCGAUUGUUAGCGUUUCUGUAGAAAGGGGAGGAGUGGACCGAAGCCUCUGGUCUCUCAUCCUAACCUCAUGACAUCCUCUGCCAUUGUGAAUGCUGACUCAGGGAGGGACAUCCUCUGCAUUAGCUGGCUUUCUCUCCAAUUACACAGUGGCUUCCAUGUUCUGAGGAGCCAAUGAGGAUCACACUCUAAAAGGCCCGUCAUUUUUUUGCACAGAGAUUCACACUAAGAGUCAACGCUAAGGAUCAUUGGAAUCUGGUCACUUAGUCGUUUUCAAUUGUGUAUUUAUUAGCGUUGUUUUUACAAAGAACCUGAAUUAACUGUUUUUGGUAUUUUCGUUCAUGGAAGAGAGUGCCUGAACUGGUGGCUCAACAGAAUGCACUUGUGCUCUCUUUAUGACAUUCACAGCAAGGAAACUAACGAAAAACUCCAUCACCCAGAAGCCAGUGCGUGUCAGGACUGUAUGCUGCUGCAGACUCAUAUAGAAGCAUAUCAUGUGUUACAAAGUGCAUGUUUUGUCAUUGCAGCCGACUUUAAAGGCGAGUCGGGACUGACUGAUCUAUAAAUCACCUUGCAUCAUAAAUAACUACUCAACAUUAUUUGUAGCUCAGUCAGUCACUAUUUACCCAUGAUACAUCACGGUUUUGAUGCUCUAACCUGUAGCAUAGAUUAAUUGACACAUGCACACUUCAGCAAGCAACCCACUUGACACAUCUCUUAGGCUCCUAGUUGAGUGAUAAUGUGUCCUUCUCCAUACGAUGCCUUUCCCUGUAUAUCACAUAAAAAUGUCAGUUUAUAUAAUCAGUUGCCCUUAUUCAAUACUAAUUGGCAUAUACUGUACCGUGAAAUAUCCUCAGUGUAGAUGAAAUGUUAAAAAGAGAAAGACAUAGCAGUCGAGUUACGGUAGUUUGAUCUCAGAAGAGGCAGUGUCUUAUUGGAUUUACACAGUAUAUCAGUGCAUCGUGUUAUCAUCAUAAUACCAGAAGUGAAAUGACACGUCACUAACUGGUGUCACAGUACAGUUGUGUCAGUGAAUAUUUUGCAAUAUCAAAGGGGAUAAACCACAGAACUCAAACACAGCCUCUGGCUUCACUAUCCCUGGGGCUGAAGUAUAUGACCUGCUUUGGAGCAAAAUGCCUUUUUCAUUUGUUUUAAUAUUUUACAGUUUUCUUUUGAGUUUCAAACUUGUAUGUAUCCCACCAGGGUACAUUUAACAUUUUUGUUAAUCCUUUUUAUAUAACUACAGGUCGCCAAACAGCAGUCAUGAGUAGAAGUGGAGACACGAGGCUGCUCUACUGUUCGAAGUAAACUGCUUCUAUUCAGUCAUAGGAGCAUGUACAUUUGUUUGUCAUACGAACCUACUGGCCUUUCUGCCAAACUGUAAACCUUUGGUUGGUCACCGUUUUUGUUGUUGUUGCUGUGUAGAGUUACACACCGUGAGAAUAUGUGUAAGAAUUAAACGGAGCUGUGAAUACAUAAAAAAAGUUACAUUUCAAGGCUUGGUGUUUUAGAUGGUGUGUGAUACGUUUGACAGAUUGUAUUGAUAUUUAUUAACAUGUGUGCAAAAAUGUAUCAUAUGUAAAGAAAAAUUAAUCCUAAUUUUUAAAACACAUGGCAGAUAUGUAAAUGCUUAUUCAUGUAGCGAAAAUGCAUAGAGUGUUGGAUGUAUGCUGAAACGGCAAUAAAACCAUGCAGUUAUUUUAAAAA